GUCCAAUCAGAAUACACGUUACUUUGUUGUCGUACGUGAGCUGAGCGGAAGUGAAUGAACAGUUGACCGGGGAGGCUAAUCCACUUGAAAUCAACACAACAAGAUGGAGGUGGAGCAGCUCCUGUCUCUGUCUGGUUCUGCACUGGCCCAGGCUGUCAGCUCUCUACUUGAGACCCCUGGCCUCUACGUUUUCUCCGACAUCCUGGAGUUGCCCAACGUCAGAGAGCUGGAGAACGGCCCUCACGCACCCGUGUACCAGCUCCUCAACCUUUUUGCCUAUGGAACCUACUGCGACUACAAAGAGAGAGCGGCCUCUCUCCCAGAGUUGACUCCCGCUCAGAGAAACAAACUUCGCCAUCUGUCCAUCAUCAGCUUAGCUUCCAACCUCAAGUGCCUGCCGUACUCGCUGCUGCUGCAGCAGCUCGAGCUGAAGAACGUACGCGAGCUGGAGGACCUGCUGAUUGAGGCAGUUUACUGCGACAUCAUCCAGGGCAAAUUGGACCAGCGAAACCAACAGGUGGAGGUGGACUGCAGCGUGGGCCGCGACCUUGGCCCCAACGAGCUCCCCAACAUCAUUAACACGCUGCAAGAGUGGUGCACAGGCUGCGAGGCGGUGCUGUGUGGCAUCGAAGAACAAGUCUCCCGGGCGAACCAGUACAGGGAGAGCCAGCUGAAAGUCAAAGUCCAAGUGGAAACAGAGGUGUCAAACCUACAGAAAACACUGAAGGCCAGUGCUGCCUCACCGUCAUCAGGACCUGCCCCUGCUGGAGCCGCGUCCAAUCAGGAUGCGGACCAGCCGGCUGAACCACGAGAUCCCGCCUCCUCUCAGGAACCGCGACAACCAGGCAAAAAAAGUUCAAAGGUGAAAGGGCUGCGAGGCAGCGGGAAGAUCUGGUCCAAGUCCAACUGAAGACGUGAGAAUCAACAGCACUGAUCCGACACUCUCACUGGAUUUGUUGUGGGACAAGAGCAUUGAAACGGGGGUUGGGGGGGACACCCUCGCCGCGGGCACCUCUUAUUAUUUUUUUUUAUAAGUCAUCUAAUCUCACCUUGAUGAAUUUGCAAACGCGGCCAUUGCGACGUCACUUCCUGCUGUUCUUAAGCAGUUGAACAAGAAGGGGACGGCCGGAUGCCUUCGCCCAUAAUAAGCACGAGCCUGUCUGACGCAUUUUGAUGUGUGUGCUUGUAUUUUAUUGCUUUCAACAUGUUCCUUUUUGGCUUUGACUUCUUUGUCAUUUUCCUUCCGCUGACUUGUGGAAAAUGUUGGGAAAUAAAAAGAAAAUCUUGCACUUAA